CUUUUACUGUUCCAGCUUGUCAAAGGGCAAUAAUGACAAAAGGAACGUCCAGUUUCGGAAAACGGCACAAUAAAAGUCACACACUGUGUGUACGAUGUGGUCGUAAAUCAUAUCAUAUCCAGAAGAAGACAUGUUCAUCAUGUGGCUUCCCUGCUGCAAAAAUAAGAAGCUUCAACUGGGGAUCUAAGGCCAAACGAAGAAAGACCACUGGAACUGGUAGAAUGCGACACUUGAAGAAAGUUUAUCGCAGAGCACAAAACGGCUUCCGUGAGGGUACUGUUGCAAAAUCGCAAAAGAGAAAAGCACAGUCGUAAUUAGAAAGAAAUAAUAAUACCAUCGCUACAAAA